UUGCGUUGCAUUGGCACCGGAAGUGAAUCAGGUAGAGGUCGAAGGCAGCGCCAGAGUGAAAUUUAAAAGCUGCGUUUAAAUACCUAUUGUCGGCCCUGUUUUUAGAAAUAAUGAAAAAACUACUAUUUGAAUUGAAUUAAUUUUAAUAUUGGAUGUUUAUGUCUGUGUAUUCGCUGGUUUUAAUGUAAAACGCGACAAGCCGAGUGUUAGUCCUCGACGAUGAUCUGUCAUGAAAAGCAGAUUUCGCCAUUUCAGUCAGUGACUAUCAUGGAUUACAGAGCUGUUCUAGAAUUUGCUACUGUAACCAGGGGUCUCUCGUUGUUUUUACAGGCUCUGUUGAACGCUGCCAUCCCUGACCAUGACGCUGAUGCAUUCAGGCCCCCGCGGUCAGAAGAGCAUCUAUAUUUAGACUCUGCAGUGGAGUGGUUAUUUGGUGGCCUCACUCAUUGGGAUGCUGAGCAUUUCCUCCUCAUUGCGGAGAGAGGGUACAUCUAUGAACACAACUUUGCUUUUUUCCCUCUCUACCCCGUGGUCCUGCGAGGCCUGGCGGAGACGCUGCUGUGGCCCCUCAGCAGCUGGUUGAGCGUGCGGGGCCGCCUGAUGGUGGCGGUCGCUGUUGGGAACAGUAUCUUCUUCCUGCUGAGUGUGGUUGCCUUACACGCGCUCAGCAGGGAAGUUCUGCAGGACAGGCGUCUGGCCUUGCUCUCCACUCUGCUCUACUGCAUCACACCUGCUAAUGUUUUCAUGGUGGCCGGGUACUCGGAGUGUCUGUUCGCUGCUCUCACAUUCAGUGGGGUCUUCCUUCUGGAGAAAGGAUUCACCCUUCGAGCCUGCGUGGCGCUCAGUAUAGCCACUGCGGCACGAUCCAACGGACUGGUCAAUAUAGGCUUUAUACUCUAUCUUCCAACACUACACGCCAUCUCCCGGAUCCGUUUGUAUCGCACAACGACAAAAGGCCACAAGAAGAUGCUUCAGUACAUUUGGGUCGUCACCCGCCUCCUGCUCACUUCUCUUUUAGGAACGGCAAUCAUUGCCCUUCCGUUCUGUGCUUUCCAAUACUACGGCUAUAGAACUUUCUGUAUGCCUUCCGCAUCCUUGGAGCGCAUCCCCGCAGCUCUUCUCUCCUUGGCCGAGCGGAAAGGCUACCGUGUUCCAGAUGAAAAUAGUCCCCCCCCUCUUUGGUGCAUGAGACCUCUGCCCCUGCUUUACUCCCAUAUCCAGGAUGUUUAUUGGAACGUGGGCUUCCUGCGCUACUUUGAACUAAGGCAAAUACCAAACUUCCUUCUGGCUCUACCUAUGGUGACUCUGGGUGUCAUGGCAGCUUUUGCUUAUUUUCAAGGUAACCCAGAGCUGUGCCUAAGACUUGGACUAUGGGAGACAGAUUCAAAGAAAGGCCUCGAUAAACCCAUGCCGGGAUUUUUCAGUCCGAGAGUAUUUGUCUAUGUUGUACAUUCAACUUUUCUCCUCGCCUUUGGAAUAUUGUGCAUGCAUGUGCAGGUCCUAACCAGAUUCAUGGCUUCCUCAACUCCUGUUCCCUACUGGAUCAGCGCUCAUCUGCUCCUCCUCAAUGAGCCUCUUCUUCACCGAAGGAAAACCUCGACACCAAACAUUCAACUCAAGACUCAUUCCAAAAAUGGAUGUAAGCACACACCUCAAAACCCCAUCAUUGCUCUGCUACCACACAUUAAGAUCUGUUCCCCCACCACACAAAGCAUCCUGGGAUAUUUCCUCUCUUAUUGGCUGCUGGGUUUAGCACUGCACUGUAAUUUUCUACCAUGGACUUAACCUGGAGUAUAGCAUUUUUUACAUUUUUAAUUUUGCUGUAACAUUUUUAACAUAACCUGUUACAAAAAGCAUGACAAAAUGUUGUGCCUGAUUUUUUUUGUUUCAACCAAUAGCUUACAGUAGAUAUGGUUACAUAAUUUAAAUCAUGCCUUUUUGUAAUUGUUACUGUAGUUGAAUACAAACCGGAGCAGGGUGCACAUGAAAUUUGAAUGUUUAUUCUCAUGAGUCUCGGUCGUACCAAUGGGGAAAAAAGUGCGGAUUGAAUGUGUUUCAUAUUUGUGUUUAAGAACUGUGGUGUAUGUGUUUGUUUUGACUAUUCUGUUUUAUUUAUACAUUUUGGUUGUGAAUGGAAAAACAUGGCAUUAAAUGUGCAUGCAUUCACAUCGUGGGGGGAUUUUUCAUGAUCAUUAUCAGAGUUGAUUGCAUUUAAAUGUGAAAAAUUAAAGAUCUCAUGUGUUUUACACAUUUUUGUUAACAUUUUAAAUUAAAUGAAAUAUUUCUCAUAUUUAAAUGCUUAAUUUAGAUAACAUAAGUAACUUCCCUAACAGUGUGGACUCAUGUUGGUCCUAAUUAGAAAUAUUUGUACGUAUAUAUAACAAUUAUUAAAAUCAAACAAUAAACAAUAGGUUUUACGUACAAAACUGGUAGCUCGGUCACCAGAAUUUUACUGUAAAAAUAGUGAUACCGCCGUUAAUUCACUGGAAAUGUUUGUAAAACUCUUGUGACGGAAGUCAGUUUUUUACCUGAAAAUAUAUUUAAUUUUUUUUUUUAUUGCAGGGCAUUGUUUUUUGCAAAAAAUAAAUAUUUUUAGAAAUAUGUUUUUUAGUCCAUUUCCCUGCAAACAGAAUAAACUUAUCUAACCUAUAACCCAGGGGUCGGGAACCUUUUUGGCUGAGAGAACCAUGAAAGCCAAAUAUUUUAAAACGUAUUUCCGUGAGAGUUGUAUAAAAAUUUUUGACACUGAAUACAACACAAAUCUUUUUUAAGUUAGACCAACAUUUUUAGAGUAUAAUGAGUUUCUUUUUAUUUUUAAUAACAUUGUUAUUCUGAAGCUAACCAAUAAUAAAUAUUAAUGCGACUUCUGGUGCUGCAUGGUUUUGCUGAGGACUUUGUAGUCUGGUUGAUACGUGGUUAUUUUUAACACUGUGAUUACCAGCGGAAUUAUUCAUUACUUAUCGUGUUAAGCAAUGACAGCUACGAUUUAUCUGAGAGCCAGAUGCAGUCAUCAAAAGAGCCACAUCUGGCUAUCUAAAGAUUCACACCCGUAUUAACCAACAUUUGUAGAUUACUGUAAAUAAGUUGUUCAGUUUGAAAAAGAACAAUAGUCUUAUUAU